GAGAGAGAGCAUUCCUCCGCAGCUCCAGGGUGAUGAAAAGGUUAAGCCAGCCCCCUCUUUGCUGCUCUCUCCCGGUUGCAGCCCACCAGUCCACAGCUGGCUCCUCCAGCAACUCCAGUUCCUCUUAACGCAGCAGCUGCACGCUGAACAGACCUGAAGAGACCCAAACUUUCUCUGCCCUCGCUUCUCCCGUUAAGCUCUGGCAUGAAAAGCUCUAUUGGCUCCAUUGGACGCACGGAGAUCUAAUUUUGCUCCAAUUUUCGGUUCCAGUCUGUGGAGAUUUGUUGUUGUUUUGCAGUUCCCUUGGUUAUUUUAUGGUCUGCUCAUGCGUCGGGAAUGCCAUGGCCACUCCGAGCGCACAGCAGCAGCACCAGGAUUAUUUCAGAUCGGUGAGCAGCGAGUCCACCUCCUACAUGAUGGUCCCGGCCGGCGGGCCGAGCGGGACGAGGCGCCGGGAAGCGCCAUCCAAGAUGUGGGUGGCCAUGGUGGUGAUCGUGGUGGUGGUGCUGCAGAUCGCCUCCACCACGGGGCUCUUUCUCUACCUGAACAUGUCCAUAUCGCAGGUGCGUAGCCAGGGUGUUACAGAGGAGCUGAAAUGCCUGAGUUUACUGAACGCUCUGGAUAAGGACCAGGACAUCCCCGACCAGCUGGCCCAGCUCUUCGGAGAGUCCUGCAUCAAACUGGCUGAAGGCAUCAAAGCAUACAUCUCCAAGGUGACAGAGAACAUCAUCUCCAAACAAACCUUCAUAGAGGCCAGAACUAUGCCUCGCUCCUUCAACAACACGGGGUCAAAGUUCAUGACCUCGGUGGCCCAGAGGCCAUCCGCCCACUUGACCCUCAGAGACACCAGCUCACAAGGGUUCCCUCCCUACCCGAUCCCCACGCCGGGUCUCCACCAGUCCUGUCGCCAUGUUGUCCGCACAUGGGCCAAUCAGAGCUUUGGAGCUCAUCUGCACAACAUGACCCUGUCCAACGGGAAGCUACGAGUGCCUCAGGAUGGGCGGUACUAUCUGUACUCACAGGUGUAUUUUCGUUAUCCAUCCCCAGCAGCCAGUGACGGAGACCAGCGCAGCGUCAGCCACCAGCUGGUGCAGUGCGUCUACAAGAAAACCUCCUACCCCAGCCCCAUACAGCUCCUGAAGGGGGUGGGAACAAAGUGCUGGGCUCCAGACGCCGAGUACGCCCUCCACUCUGUCUACCAGGGAGGACUGUUUGAGCUGAGGGCUGGCGACGAGCUCUUUGUGUCCGUGUCGUCCCCGACGAUGGUCAACGCGGACGAUUCCUCCAGCUACUUCGGCGCCUUUCGCCUGGACCUCUGAGAGUAAAAUAUGGAAGAAAAAAAAGGAACAGAUGAAUAAAUUGGUGGGCUGGAGACAAUGAGUUAGGGGCCUUUGGAAUAUCCGUUUAUUGGAAAAAGUGUCAUUUAGGCAGAGUUGUGGGAUGUGGGCCUGGAUCCUCAAAGUUUGCUUGGAUACACUGAAGGAUGGAAAAGAUUGAAGGCUUCGCUUGAGUGAAAGAGAAAAGAGCGGAUUUCACUCCCUCACUCUCCGUUAGGCGAAACCUAACUGUCGAGGGCAAGAUAUACAAAGAUACAUGUGCAAUCACGCGAAAAUAAAUGCGAGGAUAUCAAUUUUCUGCUGACUUUCGGGGGAAGAAAUCGCCUUUUGGAUGUCAAAAAGAGAAGUAAACCACAGAAAAACAUUUAAAACCUUCCUGUCAGAUGAGAAUCGCCCACAUAAUUAGGCCACCCUGGUGCCUGUACCCCAAAAUAACAUGAAUCUUAGUAUAUCUCGCAUGCCAGCAGCCUUUUUGCGGGAAGCAAUUGGACCCCUCAGAUUUGGAUUCAAGACCGAAGAAUGUACAAAUGAUAAAUCCUCUGCAUCCAAGAUGUGAGGAAGGACUGUGGAGCGGUAGCAGAAGAAAGUCAAAUAAUCAAACCAAAGCAAAAAAAUUGUGGAAUAUAACUUUUUUACAGCGUGCCAUGAGAGUACUGUACAUAUGAAUGGCUGAGAGUGAGAUGUAGACAAUGAACUGUGGUAAUUUUUAAAGUAAUUCAUAUGUAUUUUUUACCGUGACUGGACUUAAAACCACUUGGAUUUUACUGAGGCCUCUCUACAGUACUAGAACUAUGGAUUUUAUGCAAAGACAUUUUUAGAGGAGAUUGUUUCUUUGUACUGGACACAGCAAUAAGACUGUGAGAAGCAUUAUAGAACGCCUUAUGAACAAAGCAGAAAUGAAAGCAAGGAGGAGGACGAGGCAAACUUUUGUAAAUGCCAAUAAGAGUGAGCUCAGCAGAAGAUAAAAGGAAAGAGAGCGAAAGGGGCUGACAGUGGUAUGCAGCCCGACCUGUCUGUGUUGUUGAUCUCUCUUCUCUGUUUCACUUUCCCUCGCAAUCUUUUGUCUCGUAAAGAACUUAAUAUCUUGUCUUUCUUGUCAACCCUGUGAAGCUGCAUUCAGAUUUAAUUUAAGGAUAAUGGUUAUGCAAUCAACCAGAAAACACGCAUGGGAACGCGAAGGCACACACGUGCAGACUAAAACACUAAAAACACUUGCAGAGCACAGUGUUGGUGGUUUUCAAAUCAAAAGAAAAAGGUCUAAGUUGCAUAAAACACAGUUUUCUCACGUUUCAACCUGCGUCACACACAUAUACUCACUAACAAGUUGUUUAAAGACUUUGAUAUCUAAAACAGUUUUCACUUUUGCACCAAAUUGUGCAGCAUUUUGAUUAAGACAUUAUUUGUCCUGCAAAUCACUGAUACCAGUUGUUUCAGAGUUUUAUCACAACCCAGAAAAUAAAAGUUGGUCCACUGGAGAAUUGAUGGCACACACACACAGACACACACACACACACACAAAUAAAAUCUGGACAAUAAAAGAGAAUGACAUGAAAUUGGAGCAAACUUGCUGUGUUGAUAAAUUAAUAAUUGGUCAUGAAUUACUUUCCCUGUGUUACGUUGAGUUUGUGACAAAAUCUUUGUUUUUCUCGCAUGCCUCUGGUGCACAAAGAAUCCAGAAAUGUAGAAAAUUGUUGAUUGUUUUUUUGUAAUAGGGGUUCAAAUUUAACAAUUGGAAACAUUAUAUCAAAACAGCAGUUUACAAUUUUGCACAGUAAUCGUGCAUAAUAAUCUAAUUCUAACCUAUGCAGUCAUGAUCUUAGUACUUCCCAAACAGAUGCAUUUUCACUAAAAAUCUUAUUAAAACAUUUCUGCAUAAACAGUCUCACACACGGAAAAGAAGUUCGCCGGAGCAGAGUUCAGACAUGUGCCUGCCAGACUUAUUGUUUGUAUGUUUGAAGUGUUUUAGAAAAUACAGUUGGAACAAAAAUGCACGUGUUUGGGAAGUACUGAGCAUACAACUAGAUAAACGAACCUUGGAUUAUAUUGCAUGAGUGGUGUGAGAGUUUGAAAAUGGAUGUUUGGAUGAUAGUUUUGCAGGCCCCUUUUACUCAGAAAAUUUCCCCCAUUUUGGAUUCUUCUUUUACUGUGAAAGCAUGCAGUAAAAAAAAGGUCUUUGUCAUGGAGUCAGCGUUACAUGGGGUGAAUAACUGAUAUACAAAUCAUCAUUUUGUGAGUGAAGUAUUCCAUUAACUAACAAAAAAUAGCUUGACAUUUUGGAAAAGAUACUUAUUCUCUUUCUUGCCAAGAAUUAGAUGAGGAUGAGUGCUAAACUGGUGCCAAAGAAAAAAACAACAGCUAGUCUUGUUAAGUUAAGCUACGCUAAACCAUUUGGUGUAAACAUCCUCCUUUUGCUCUUUGCAUGACAGCAUAGAAGCAUUGUUUCCCAAAAUGUUGAACGAUUCCUUUAAUAUUCAACCGCUAGCCACCUGUUAGCCAGAUAAAACUUUUUGCUAAAUAUGUGCACAUCUUGUACUUUCAGACACAACAGAUGAGUCCCUCCAAUGUGGCUGCCAGUCAACUGGACACACUGAUACACACACAAGCAAACAUUUUUGCGCCGGAAACACAUACAUGAUGCAAAGUCCCGUUCAUCAAGUUCCUCAAGCGAGCACAGAAAAAGGUUACUUUAAGAAUGACGCACAACAGAUUAAGUAACAAAACACAGACACACACGAAAGUUUUUAAAGCAUCAAGAGCGGAUAUUCACAGACAUAAACCAUGCACCGACCAGCGCAGACUUAACCCCUGCACGCCUUCUUCUCUGGCACGCACAUCUUUGCACUAUAAAGGAGAUACACACAUCACCUCACACCAUAUCCACAGGCCAGUCCGUGCUCUGCAGACACACACAUCAUCCAGUGUCACGUCCAGGGUAAAGACACAAAUACACACACUCAUUUAUCCACACUGUCUAGCCUCCCUGUGCCAUCUGGUAGCUGUCAGAGAUCAGUCGGCAAGCAUGCAGGGAGUGUUUGUGUGCACUUGUGUUUUUUCAAAGGGCUCGGUUCACAUUGACAAUUCAUAAAAUGAGGUCAAACUAACAUAUACACUUGUCUUUGUUUGUGUUCCUUCAUUUGUUUUCCCUGAGAGGAGAGGAUUUAUAAACUGACACACACAUUUAUAAGGUGACAUCCAGGCUAAGCCCAUCCUUCUCACACUGUGGUUCACACACACCUGUGUAUAUACUCUAUGCAAGGCCACGUAAUGCUUUGAGGUUUGUUAGCGAAGCUAUGAAAACACAACAACACAUCCUGGUUAUUUUUCCGUGCAAAGCGUAAAAAUUGAGGGCAAAUUUCAUUUUGUGUUUGAUUGCUGUUUUAGCUGCUUUUUUGCUGGGUGGCAUGCACCUGGUCACGUUUCGGUUUCUCAGCCCACCAGCACUCCAUCACAUCACACAUACCGAACUCGCCCUCCCUCUGUAAACUUGAGCCUUAGCCAGUUUGUUAUCCAGGGUGAACUUCAACAAUCAUGUGGCCUUCUCUUUCUUGCACUCCGACCAACACAAACAGACCACUGAAGCAGCUCCAGCCACGAUGAUAAUGCAACGCACACACUCAUAUCACAACAGCCUACAGUAAAUCCCCGGGCCAGCUGGGAAAAUUUUUGAAUUGAAUGUGUCUGAGGAGUGUUUGUACUGGACAGUUUUGUAGCUGUGAACAUGUGUAGCACAUUGUUGCAAAGAAAAUAAACAAAUAUUUGAACUUU